AUUGAAAAAGGCGAUACUCUUCCUCAGCAAGUGUGCGUUACCUGUGCAAAGAAUGCUAUUUCGGCAUGUCUCUUCAAGAAGAAAUGUGAGGAUGCAGAUAACUUUUUCCGUCAGCAAUUGCUUAUACAAAAAAUUGAGGCGACGUCUGCAGGCGGGCGUGAAGCUUCCAAUUAUGUACAGGUAGAGAGGGAUGUGGGAUCAGUAGUGGAAACCACUUCUACCCACCGCAACUUAAAUCUGGCAAUACAGAGCAAAGAAACAAACACUGAGAAAGAGGAGAGUGACCAGGAAGAAGGCGAUAAGAUGCCUCUAUGUCAUGCUGAAAUACAUAAUGGAAUCAAUAAUGGAAAAAUUCCUUUUGAUUUUAAUUCUAUACGUUUGAUGCAUGAGUAUAUGCAGCACCAACUGAGUAAAAUUACUGAAGCUCAUGGUGCGAGCAACAGUGCAGAAAGUGGGAGUGAAGCAGAGGCAGAUGAUGAUGAACCUCUCCCCCUUAUACCAGAAAUAGAAUUAAUUACACCAUCUGAUGAUAUGAAUGCUAAUGUAAAUGGUAACGACAUGGGAAAUAAUACAACCCCGAUGCGUGGUUAUCAGUGUCCAAGCUGCUUCCAAAUAUUUGAAAUGAAGCAAAUUUUAAAAGCACAUAUGCAGAGUGUACAUGGCACACCUGGACCAGUGUAUGAAUGCACGAACUGCAGAAAAACUUACUUUUAUAAAAGAUUCUUAGAGAAACAUGUUAGACGUGGACGUUGUGUUAAAAAACGUCGAAAUCAAACCCGUCCAAUGCAGUGCUCAGAUUGUCAUGUUCUUUUUCCGACUGGGCAUCAUCUCGGUUGGCACAAGCGGACUGGUUGUCCUUCUAAAGCUGCUAAAAUGCCCUUACAACAACUUUUUAAACAAAACAUUGUGCAAUAUAAUAACUUUCCCAAACGAAUUGGUAUAAGAAAACCUGAAAAUGCAAUAUAUAUACACAACAGAAAAGUUAUUAUGGCUGGGAAUAAACGUAAAGGGCGUACUCGCAUCAAAUUGGAUGCUAAGAAGAUUGCGUUAGCAAAGCAGUUAAUUUUGCGUGAAGCGACCACAACAGUGAUUGCUAACGAACUAAAUAUUUCUCGUACAUUUGCUUGGCGAUUACGAAAAAGUCUUGUGAAUGGUGUAAGCCUUCAUGAACGCGUCAUUGACCCAAAUGUAGAGGAUGCCACAGAAAUACUUCAAAUAAACAACGAACAAAAAAUGCAGAUUCCAGAAUUUCAUCAAACUGAAAUUGAUAUUAAAACAGAAAACAAUGAAAGUGAUAAUGAAGAAUCUGAGGAACAUGAAGACCACGAAGAUCGUGAAGAACAUGAAGAUCGCGAAGAUCGUGAAGUUGAUGACGAUGAUGAGGAGGAUAUUGCAGAGAGUGUUUCCAAUCAAAGUUUUAAUCAAAGAAAUGAGAAAUAUCAUCAACAAAACAAAGAGUAUAUCAAAGAUAAAGGUAAAGACGAUCCCGAUGAGAGUGAAGAUAACAGUGAAAUUGAGUCUGAUGAAGAAGAGAUUAAAAUCAAAGACAAGGUUAAUAAUUCCCAUUUGCAAUUAGAACAACAACAACAGAAACAACACCGAAUCAUACAAAAUAUGCCCGCAAAUUUAAAAAUUGAAAAUAUGUCUGAGAACCAGAAAGAGAUAUCCCAUGGGAUUGAGGAGAAUGUUGUCAUAUCGCCAUUAGCAGCGGCAAACCAGUUUCCGUCUACUGUCACUGCUGUCAUACAUCAACUUCCCGUAAAUCUCUCAAUUCGGCCCAUUUCAACAAUGCAAAAUAAUGAAAUAGUAACUGAGAAAUGUAAUUUCUCAAAAAAACCGCGCAAGCCGAACGUGUUUGUUGACGAUGAAAAAUAUGCUAUGGCUAAGACGCUUGUAGCUCAAAACGCUUCCACAAUGGAAAUCGCUCGCGCGUUGAAUGUGUCUCAAAUGACAGCAUGGAAAGUACGAGAUGCUAUUGUUAAAGGAGUGCCACUGUCUUAUCGAAAUAAAAAAGAAAUUCGCGAAGUAGCACAACACGAAACCAUUGAAGAGUCUACUGAUAAAGGUGCACAAAGACAUUUUGAUAAAAACCAACAACAACAGCAACAAAUUGAACAACAACAACAUCUGUUAUUGCAACAUGAAGAGCAAAUUAAACAGCAACAACUACACUUGCUGCAUCAAAAAUUAGAGCAACAAAAGCAUCAGCAAUUGCAGCAACUUCAGAAACAGCAACAACUACAACAACAGCUUCAGCAACAAAAUCACUUACCGCAAAAAAUACAUCUACCAGAGCAACAACAAUCCUUAACAAACGCAGCAUCUAAAGUUGUUCAUCCUCGUAGACGUCUGAAAGCAGCUGAGCGUGAAGUGCGAGACAAAGAAAUUACACGCGAAAUUUUAGAUUUAAUAAAAGAAGAUAGUAAUAUUCAAUAUUGGAAGGUUUCAGCACGCUUAGCAGAAAAAGGAUUCGCCAUAUCACCAUCAUCGGUGUGUCAGAAAUUGAAGUCGAUGGGAAUACAUCGGCGCUGGAAACCUGGUGACAAGCCACCAACUUUAGAUAUUGAACAAUUGAAAUCUGCAAAUACUAAUUCUUCUUCAGCCGAUGAAGGAUACGAAGCUCAAUUAGAUUUGAGUGGCGCAAAUUUUUUAAAUGCCUUCACGCGUUGAAAAACAACGAUUUAUUUCAAAAAUAAAAAAACUGUGUUCGAUAUAACACUGAAAAUCCAGUGCAAAUUAGUGCUUCAACAUGUUCGACCGUCGAACUGCUCGAAUUCGAGAAUACUCGAAUUCAAACAUUUGGAUUCAACACUUCAAAUGUUCGAAAAUAUUUGUGCUCGAACAGCAAAUCUGUUUUAUCUUUCAUCUUUUUUUUUUGUUCCGUUUAAUACACGUACCCAUAACAACAACUGCUCGAACACCUUAUUAUGUUCACACAUGUUUGAUGGUUCGCUAUAGUCGACCCAAAAGCCCGAGUACAAAUAUACUUGAUCAUUAAAAUGUUUCAAGCUUCGAUUAACUCGAAAAAUAUCUGAAGCAUUAGUAUAAAUAUUUAGAACUAAAUAAUUGAAGUAUUUUGCUAAGAUGAAGCACAAAUUUAAAAGCGAAUAUUAUAAAUAUUUUAAGAUAUUUUUAAACAUUCCAUGCUUAA